UGGAUGCGUGUCUCGAAUAACAGAGAUGUUGACAAGCCUAGACCCCCCUUGAUUGCUGUUGCACCAGGAAACACACCGAGUGCUUCUAUUUCUCCUGAAUCUAGCAUGCGGGGAAGGCGGGUCUUCGAUUUAUCUGCCCGUACGAGGCAAGAUAGGGGACAAGGUUUUCAGCUGGAUAAAGAGAACGAUACUCGAGAAUCAGAAGAGGAGAUCACCUUGAUUGAUAAUGUCAUACAGUUGCAUGCUAACGCUGCUCUUACCACGGCAACUCGAAAGAAAAUUUCUAUCACAAGCAAUAGCCGAAAGAAGAAGAAAGCCGAAGCAAUGAUAUACAAUAUUAUUCCACCAGACGGGAAACGAAAACAACUGUGUUUGAGGGACGAGGAUCUUCGACUUCAAUGAGUUGCUUAUACUGGAAUUGUCAAGGGUUAGGGGUUCCCUUGACAAUUCAUGUGCUCGGAGACAUGCUCCGAAAAUAUAACCCCUCAUUGGUGUUUCUCUCGGAAACACGGGCAACAUCACAACUAGUUGAGAGAUUGAAA